AUGAAUUUAUUUGAAUGGGCCUUUGGGAAGAGUUUAACUCCCCAAGAGCGUUUGAAAAAAAAUCAGACAGCAUUAGAAAGAACCCAGAGAGAAUUGGAAAGAGAAAAGAGGAAACUUGAAACGCAGGAGAAAAAGCUGGUCCAAGAUAUUAGAAAAUCCGCGAAAAAUGGACAAAUUAAUGCUGCUAAAAUUCAAGCUAAAGAUUUGGUUAGAACCAAAAGGUAUAUUGAGAAGUUUAAUUCGAUGAGAACACAAUUACAAGCUAUAUCAUUGAGAAUUCAAGCUGUGCGGAGUAGUGACCAAAUGGCUAUCUCUAUGAGGGAGGCUACUGGGCUGCUUGCUGGUAUGAACAGAUCCAUGAACCUACCUCAAUUACAACGGAUUUCUAUGGAAUUUGAAAGGCAAAGUGGGCUCAUGGACCAGAGGCAGGAGUUUAUGGAUGAUGCUAUUGAUGAUGCUAUGGCUGAUGAUCUCGAUGAAGAUGAAGAAGCCGAGCAAAUUAUUAAUAAAGUACUAGAUGAGAUUGGAGUUGAUUUAAACACAAAACUUGAAAACGUUCCCCAAGGUUUGCUUUCAGACUCUGGUGCCCCAGCGUCUAAAAUUGCUAUGACAGAGCCAAUUAGUACGUCCGAUAAUGGAUAUAUGGUUCCAUCUACAAACACGGAUGAUGAAUUGCAGGCUAGACUCGCUAAUUUGAAAAGGGGUUAA